AUGGACAUGACUUCGCCAACGUGGAACACGGAUGGCAAAAGUAGUGAGAGCAACGAUGCACGUCACCAACGAGCGUGGACCAAUUUACAAGGAUGCUACCUUUUGAAUGGUAAAUCGUGCACAUUAGACGAAGUGCUGCGGUGGCACAAGACAAACGACUCUCCAGCAUCGUACAAAUGUAUUUUGACGCUGAGGACGUUCGAAGCGUUUAUGUUUGAGAAGGAUUUGGUGUUAAACGAAGAAGGAUCGUGCAACAAACAGAUUGGCAAUAGUUACAGCUUGGAACAGAUGCAAACACUCGUUGGUCAAUACCAGCAAGUUGUAUGGUCGUGGCGUCAGCUUCCACGAAUGACGUCCGUGCUGGACGUGGAGCAGCGCAGUCACGAAAUGCUUGUUAUGUGGACUGCAUUUUGCCUCGUUCAUCAGAGAUGCGUGGGUGAGUUUACAUUAUGCGCGCAGUACAACAUCGCUCUGAAUUGGAAAGAUCUACGAGUGGCUGUACUCAAUAAUCGAGCAGCCAUUUCUGCUCUUCGAUGUGUCGCACGAUACAUUCGCAGGUGGAAUGUUACUACUAUGCGACCUCCGCUAUUUCACUUGAGUAACCAAGCACCAACAUUUGACUUUGGCAGGAGGUUCGGUUUGAGUAGUACCAGCAUGCUUACCGUGUACAAUCGCGAAGUUGAGACAUGGGAAUCUUACGAAGUGAAACAGUGGGAGAAGAUUGAAAAGAAGAAGAGUGACGUUAUAAAAUAUCGAAGAGAGAUUGCAGAUUUAAACGAGAAUCUAGCGUUAAAACAGGCCUCGCUCACAACUGAGAGGUCCCGUUUACAGACAAGUUACGACUCGGAUGGAGAUAGACGAUACACCAGUCGUCUCAUGCGGCGUUUGAAUUCCGAGAUCGAUUACAUUUGCUCCACUAUCAAGAAAACCAAUGCAAAUUUGGAAGCAGCUCUUUUGGCCCCUCCAUAUCUGGUACGCCCACUUCCGCCCUCGCGGGACGACGCGAUUCAAGUGAUCUUUAUGCUGACCGUGCCGCGCCAUCUUGAAAUUAUGGGUAGCUUGUGCUUGACUGCUCAACGGUCCCUUGUUCCUGCCACUGUGACGUCUGAAAUGACAACUUUGCCGAAGCAAAACUCCACCACAUGGCAACAAUUCUACUACGAGCGUGCACAAAAACGGAUGAUGACUGUGACCAGUGUGGUGUUCACAGCGAGUCCGAGUCCGUUCACGCUUCCAAGGACAUGGGGACCUACCAGUGUGGACGAUUUGUACAACCUCGCACAGUACAGAAUCUCCUGUGUUUGGAAUCCUACCUUAGGUGGCACAGUUCUAUCUUGGAGUGACGCGUUCGGUGCCAAAGUUGACCCUUUUGCUGCCACUGCAUCGAGCAUUAUCGAUAGCUAUAUCGAGAAGAUGCCGCAGUCGCUCAGGCAUUUUCAGUGGAUGAAUGAUUGGCCUGGUAUGGAACAUACUCGAGGAAACAUGGUAUAUGCCAAGUUUAACCGCCAACCCAAGAAUUCUGAUAAGAUGUCGUAUAUUGCGCUCGGUUCAUUGCGCGCGUUUCCUAAUCAGCAGUAUCGAAAACUGCAGUGGGCUUUACUUGAUGAUGUUUUGCCGUGGUCGAACUGCUGCGCGGCGAUCAUCGUGCGGCAGUCAAUCUACCAAGUAGGUGCGUUUACUGACGAAUUGCUCCCUCGGCUGCUUUGGAAGUCUGACAUGUUCGAUGGACACAACGGCCUGACCACGUUCUGCGCGACGCUAAUGAACAUUGCACGGAAGUUGAAACAGACUCCUCGCGACUUUGAAUCCGUCCCGCUUCUGAGUGAGCUGGCAGGGUUUGCAGCGCAGUUUACGGAUGAGGCAAGAGGAAUUGUAAAAAUGUUUGCUGGAAUGGCGAGAAUCUGGGCGGAAAACGCCUGUUUAGAAUACAGAGAGAAAGCGGCACCCAGCGGUGUUGCUGAGAUUCGUCAAAAAGAGUGUGUGCUGUAUGGUAUUGCACUGCUUGCCCACAGCCUUGGACCGUGGGACAACGCAUCAGCUCAAGCAGUGUGUGAAAUAAUUGUGCUUUUCCGCACGUGCCAGCAUUGA